GUAAAUACCGCUCCUUGCAGUGCACUUGAAAUUCAAGAAUCAGACGAAUCCUCUUGCCUGACCCUUUCCUGCGCGUUAUCCGUUAUUUCACCGUUCUUUGUUCUUCAUCGAUGUCAGAUGAGUACCCCAGCUUGUUCCGCUCGGAACAAAUGAGCCUGAUGCAGCUCUUUGUACCCACUGAAGUAGCGCAUGACACCGUCGCCGAGCUUGGAGAAUUAGGAAAUGUCCAAUUCAAAGACUUGAAUCCCAGCGUCAAUCCCUUCCAACGCUCCUUUGUCGGAGAAAUUCGCCGUAUCGAUGAAAUGGCACGCCGAGUGCGAUUUUUCUCCUCCCAGCUCGCAGCCGAGAAGGAUGUCGUUCCUAUUCGUCCUCUAUACGACUCUGCGCCGUUGAUCACCGUUGGUCCCCGUGCUGCUCAGACUCUUGACGAACUGGAUGUAACCCUUUCUGAACACGAGUCAAGGCUCAUCAAGAUGAAUGACAGCUACCGGACACUGAGUACACGGACCAGGGAGCUUGUUGAAGCUCGUCAUGUAUUGCGGGAGACUGCAGUGUUCUUUGAAAAGGCUCAAGUCCAGCAGAGUGACAUCCGCACUUCCUUCGACGAAAGCUCAGCGCCUUUGCUUCAGCAUGAUGAUCGCGAAAAUCAGUUCUCGACUAGUUCCAACAUCCCGUUCGACUUGGAGUUUGUCGCUGGCACACUUGAUCGUGCACGGAUUCCUACGUUUGAACGAGUUCUUUGGCGAGUACUACGUGGAAACCUUUACAUGAACCACACCGAUAUCGUUGAACCUUUUGUGGAUCCAGCAACUGGCGUUGAAACCCGCAAGAAUGUGUUCAUUAUCUUUGCUCAUGGUGAUGCCUUGUUGGCCAAGAUACGUAAAGUUGCCGAAUCUAUGGGUGCUACGCUGUAUCCCAUCGAUGCCAAUGCUGACAAACGCGAAGAGGCUCUCCACGAGGUCACCAUGCGCCUAGAGGAUCUUCAGACAGUUCUGUAUAAUACGGGUUCAAAUCGUCGGAGCGAGCUUGUUAGAAUUGGUGAAAGCCUGCGGAGCUGGCAGGAUGUAGUCAAGAAGGAGAAGCUCAUUUAUGAGACGUUGAAUCUGUUCAACUACGACGUCAGGAGAAAAACGCUCAUUGCGGAGGGAUGGGUUCCCACCAGGGAUAUCACUACUAUACAGCUGGGGUUGAGGCAUGCGACUGAGGAGUCUGGCACCAGCGUCCCCCCCAUCCUACAUGAACUUCGUACCAGCAAGACACCACCGACAUUCAAUCGCACUAACAAGUUCACGGAGGGCUUCCAAACCAUCAUGGACAGCUAUGGGAUUGCGGCCUACCAAGAAGUCAAUCCUGGACUGUUCGCUAUUGUCACUUUCCCUUUCUUGUUUGCGGUCAUGUUUGGCGAUAUCGGUCACGGCUUUAUCAUAUUCUCUGCGGCGCUCUAUAUGAUUCUGGCGGAGCGCAGGCUUAGCAAAGCAGACCUCGGCGAGAUUUUCGGUCAAUUCUUCUUCGGGCGCUACAUCAUCCUUCUGAUGGGAAUGUUCUCUAUUUACACUGGCUUCAUGUACAACGAUAUCUUUUCCAAGUCUCUUCAUAUCUGGCACUCGGGUUGGGACUUCCCAGAUGGUGGGGAAGGUAAAGUUAUCGGCAUUUCCAAUGGACAUAUGUAUCCUUUCGGUCUCGAUCCUGGCUGGCAUGGUGCAGAUAACGGUCUCGUAUUCGUUAAUUCAUACAAGAUGAAGAUGUCUGUCGUUCUCGGUGUCAUUCACAUGACGUUCGCACUGUGCUUGCAGCUUCCGAACCAUAUCAAGUUCAAACGUCCGGUUGAUAUCUAUGCCAACUUUGUACCUCAAAUUAUCUUCCUACUCUCCAUCUUCGGUUACCUGGUCCUUUGUAUCCUCUAUAAAUGGUCCAAGGACUGGAGCAAAUCAUCUCUGCCCCCGCCGUCGCUCCUGAACAUGCUCAUUAACAUGUUUUUGUCCCCGGGUAACAUCAAGCCAGGUACUCGGCUGUAUCGUGGCCAGUCUGUUGUCCAGGUUAUCCUGUUGCUCAUGGCAUUGGUGUGCGUCCCUUGGUUACUGAUCACCAAACCAUAUUUGGCCUGGAAGGAAAUGAAGAAGAUACAGGGACAAGGAUAUAUUGGCUUGAACCAUGAUGCGCCAAGAGAUAGCUCCGAUGAUGUUUUGGAAGGGGAGGAAGAAGGUAAUGGACGUGCUAUUGCCGAAGAUGCUGAAGAGGAGCAUGAGCAGCAUGACUUUGGUGAAGUCGUCAUUCACCAAGUGAUUCACACCAUCGAGUUCUGUCUUGGUUGUAUCUCGCACACUGCUUCAUAUCUGCGUCUGUGGGCAUUGUCGCUUGCGCAUGCGCAGUUGUCCGAGGUACUCUGGAUGAUGACAAUCGAAGGAUUUUUGAACCCGAGCGGCAUCUUUGGUUGGAUUGGUCUCAUCAUCAUUACGGCUGUGUGGUUCUCCUUGACCGUCUUCAUUCUGUGUAUUAUGGAGGGCCUGUCGGCGUUUCUCCAUGCCCUUCGGUUGCAUUGGGUCGAGGCGAAUAGUAAGCACUUUGAAGGUGGAGGUUAUGCGUUCACUCCUCUCAGUUUUGCGAGUGUCGAGUUUAAGGAAUAGAGUGGUUCACUGAAGAUGUUCUAACUCAUACCCUUUACAUAAUACCUACUUUCAAUCAAAAAUGUGGUUGUCAUCCUUCCAAGUUUUUCGAUACUGCAGUC